CCGAACGGGUUACCCGAAUGCCCACCCCUGUCAAAAACUCUAGAAACCAAAAAAAAAAAAAACUUCCGAUUGCUUUUUUCCUUCUCCGUGUCGAUCCUCUUCUUCUUCGGACUCACAUUGCAUCGUCUCUCACUCGAUCCGCCGUGAUUUCAGGGAAAAUCAUUUUGGAAAACAUGCCAGGUCAGAAGAUUGAAACGGGUCAUGAGGACAUUGUCCACGAUGUGCAAAUGGAUUACUAUGGAAAGCGAAUUGCAACUGCCUCAUCUGACUGCACCAUCAAGAUAACUGGCGUUACCAACAACGGUGGAUCGCAGCCACUAGCUACAUUAACCGGCCACCGUGGUCCUGUUUGGGAGGUCGCGUGGGCACACCCAAAGUUUGGAUCAAUCCUAGCUUCGUGCUCCUAUGAUGGUCAAGUCAUACUCUGGAAAGAAGGCAACCAAAACCAAUGGACCCAAGCUCAUGUCUUCACAGACCACAAAUCUUCAGUCAACUCCAUUGCGUGGGCUCCUCAUGAUCUUGGACUAUCCUUGGCUUGCGGGUCAUCCGAUGGAAACAUUUCCGUUUUCACAGGCUGUCCUGAUGGUGGCUGGGACACAACAAGGAUCGACCAGGCGCAUCCGGUUGGAGUUACUUCGGUAACCUGGGCACCAGCCACUGCGCCUGGUGCUCUUGUGAGCUCUGGUCUUCUUGAUCCCGUCUACAAGCUAGCUUCUGGUGGGUGUGACAACACCGUGAAAGUGUGGAAGCUCUCUAACGGUUCGUGGAAAAUGGAUUGCUUUCCGGCUCUUCAAAAGCACACUGACUGGGUCCGUGAUGUGGCUUGGGCACCGAACUUGGGUCUCCCUAAGUCAACCAUAGCUAGUGGCUCCCAAGAUGGGAAAGUGAUCAUAUGGACAGUGGGAAAAGAAGAUGAGCAAUGGGAAGGCAAAGUUCUGAAGGACUUUAUGACUCCGGUGUGGCGGGUCUCGUGGUCUUUGACCGGUAACUUGUUGGCUGUCUCUGAUGGAAACAACAAUGUGACGGUGUGGAAAGAGUCAGUUGAUGGAGAGUGGGAACAAGUUACUCUUGUGGAGCCGUAGAUUUUGGAUGCUUUUGUUGUCUCUGCCCUUCUUUCAUGGAACUGAAUUAAACACUUUUUUCUUUAAUCUUUUCUUAGACCGGUUUGGUGAUCUUUUGAUGUGCUUUUCUUAAAAUUGAUUCGAAACAUUUGAACCUUCUUUUUUUUUUUUCUUUUCUUUUCAUAGAGACCCUUUUUAAAAUUCGAAAAACAGAGAUUUUUCAUAUGAUAUAUAGUUUUCUCA